AUGUCCGACCGAUCUCGCUCAGGCUCAGAAGGUGCCGGCGACGAAAUACGACCUUACGGGGAGGACCGCGACUCCUCCGAGGAAUCUGAGGAAGAAGACCCCGAAGAAGCCAGGCGCAUUGCGGAAGGUUUCAUCGUUGAUGAAGAUGAGGAAGAUGCUGAAGGAGAAGAUGAGGAUCCAGAAACGCGACGGAAGCGGAAGAAGGAAGAAAAGAGGCGCAAGAAGAAGGAAAGACGAGAGAAGCGGGCCAGGGAAGAACAGGCGGAGCUCUCGGAAGAUGAGCUGGAGCUGAUUGAAGAGAAUCGGGCCAUGCGAGAGGGUCGACCGCACAAAAGGGUCAGAAUGCGAAGCGGGUCAGAGGAUUCGGAAGGCGACAGACCGGCGCCGACGCUUCAGGACAUGUUCCGGGACGAUGAAGAUCGUAUGGAUGGCGAUGAUGAUGACGACUUGAUGGACUUUAUCGAAGAAGACGACGAAGAUGGAGUUCAGGGAGAGACGGAGCAUGAGAGGAGAGAGAGAAGGAGAGCCGAGAAGGCCAAAAGGAGAGAGCAGGCAAAGACUAGACCUGAAUUGACUGGAGUCGACCGAUCAUCUUGGGACGAAAUCUUUGCGGUCUUUGGAGACGGCCAGGACUAUGAUUGGGCUCUGGAAGGAGAAGACAGCUUGGAUUUGGACGAGGCGGAUGAGGCUGCGAAAAAGGAUCUUCGCCUCGAAGACGUCUUUGACCCUGCCGAGAUCAAAGCACGUAGACUCCAAGAUGAGGACAAGGCGGUGGCCAAUGCCGACAGACCAGAACGACACCAGAUUGUCAAUUCCACCCUGUCAGACAAUCCCGUCUUCGCUACCGAAUCUCUCUACCCUCCACCCGAUCUCGCUGCCAAGUGGCUGGCGCCGAAAAUCUCACUCCGUACCCAAUACAUGUUCUACGGUUUAGACGUCGAAUAUCCUCCCCAAACUGCCGACAAUCCUAUGCCUCAUCCCGUCUACCGCAGACCUGAGCUUCAAUCAGAGUUUGAGAAAGCCGUGUCUUCGGCACUAAACAUGCUCUUUGUACAGCACUUGGAGGUCCCUUAUCUGUGGCACUAUAAGCGUGACGCUUUUAGUCUGCUGGAAAACCAAGGCCAGACUUCAAUCUUGUUCCUCGAGCGAGACGAGCUUUGGCAAGUUUACUCUCUCGGGCAACGAUAUCGAGCAAUCUAUGAGCGAAACCAACAGACACGCCAGCUUUGGGAAAAGAUUGAAGCUCAGAGAGGCGUAAUCGUCGACGACGAUUUCUCCCCAGACCUCCUCUUCGAGUUCUGCAGUGCGAGUAUCGAGGCCGCGGGUGAGGGUGCCGAGUGGUUACGAUACCAUUUCGCUACCGAGAUGCGGGCGAUCAGAGAUGAGCAAGCUCUCGACGAUGCCACCAAGAAAUUGCCCGAGAGGGGAGAUCAGGAAGACAUCAGGCGAGGGCCAAUCGUCAAGCUGGCAGAGGCAUUUGGUUUAUCGGUCAGCAAAAUCGCUGCUAUCUUCACCAAUCCUUACGGACAACCUCAAUCCAUCGUCGACCCCGACAGGAAGCCACUCGAUAUGGCGGAAGAGUACAACAGCCCUCUCUUCUCUGACAGUGCGGCUGCUCUCAACGCCGCCAAAUCCAUUGUCAUCCAAGAAUUCGCUCGUCACCCCGCUUUCCGACAGCAGAUCAGAGAGUUCAUGCAGGCUGCUGCGUACGUCACUGUCAACCCUACCGACAGAGGCAUGUCUGUCAUCGACCAAUAUCAUUUGUAUUACAACUUCAAAUUCCUGACACGGAAGCCGGUCAGUGCUUUCAAGAAUCAGCCCCAGUUCCUGCAUAUGCUCAAAGCAGAAGAGGAAGGUUUAAUCCACAUCGUUAUCGAAGCUGGUGAUGGACAGUUGGGGGACUUUAUCAGCCAAUUGACCUCAUGUUGCCGCUCGAGUGACUAUGGGGACGUGGCGCAGGCGUGGAAUGAAGCCCGAGCCGAACUUGUAAAUGAUUUGACUCGAAAGCACCUCGUUCCCGCAGCAGCCAAAUGGCUGAAAGAGUUUUUGAGGAUGGAGGCGGAAGAGUAUGUUGCUGAGAGAUGUCGUGAAGAAUUGGAACUUCGAGUCAACGUUCGCCCAUAUGCUACGCCCGACAUGGAGCAGGGUGAAAUUCCUUCCGUCAUCGCCAUUACAAAUGGCAAGGGUGACAUUCGUGAUGCCGUCAUGACUGUCGUACUCGAUGACGAGGGCAAUAUUCGCUCUCAGACCAAAUUCGACAAUCUCAAAGAUGAUGAGGAAAAGAUUGUCUUCACGGAGCUUCUGGAGAAACGAAAACCAAAGGUGGCUGUUAUCGGCGGUUUCUCGGUACAGACCGCGAGACUACGCGAUAACGCCCUUUCGGUCAUUCGUGAGCAUGCUAUUGAGAUGCUUGGGCAACAACCUCCUAUUGCCGAUGCCUAUGGCGUAGAGGAUGGUAGAUUCGCGUACGAGAUGGCACAGUACGAGGAGAGACUGAAAGAGCACCUCGUCCCUCUCAUAUUCGUCAACGACGCUACCGCCAAACUCUACAUGGGUUCUGAAGAGGCCGAAAAGGAGCACCCGAAUCUGCCGCUCAAUGGACGUUAUGCUUUGGGCUUGGCUCGUUAUGUGCAGAAUCCUCUCAACGCUUACUGCAAGCUCGGCAGGCAGAUCGGCUCGAUCACAUUCAUGGAACAUCAUCAGAAACUUAUUCCUGAAGAAAAGCUUCUCUACCACCUCGAAAGGGGUUUGACGAACUCUGUCUGCUCGAUGGGCAUCGAGAUCAAUUCAUGUGUCGCCGAACCCUAUCAACGUGCCAUGCUCCCCUACAUUUCUGGUCUUGGGCCCAGAAAGGCUGAUUCGAUCAUCUACGGCAUCCAAAAGAACGGAGCUCUCAUCAAUCGCAUGACCUUUACCGACCUCGGACUUGUUGGGCCUACCGUCUUUGAGAAUAUCGCAGGUUUCCUCACCAUAGAGACCGAUUUGAACAACCUCCUGCUCGAAGCUGAAAACCCUCAAGAGCAGCCCGACCCUCUCGAUCUUACCCGUAUCCAUCCCGAGAACUACGAAUUCGCUCAAAAGAUGUGUCAGGACGCGUUGGACCUCGAUGUCGAAGACGUCGCCGACAGGCACAAGUCUGAGGUUGUCCAGACCCUCAUGCUCGAUGACAAGCGAGCCAAGAAGCUGGGUGAACUCAACUUGGAUGACUUUGCUUUCAAUCUCCAGCGUCAAGGCGAAGGCAACAAGCGUCAUACUCUUGGUGAAAUUGUCAACGAGUUGAUUCAAUACCGUGCCGACCGACGACCUGUUUUCUAUGUGCCCAACGAUUGGGAGGUCGUCACUAUGGUCACUGGCGAGACGGAGCGGACUGUCGGUCGAGGUUUGAAGGUUACGGCUUCCGUGAAGAAGGCUUUGACUUCAAGGACAUUCCUGCAGCUCGAGUCCGGUCUCGAAGCUGUUCUUGAACGAGACUAUGUGGCCGACGAAGACCAGGCUCCGGUCACCAACUGCGAAGAUGUCUUCAAGGUCCGCCAGGCAGUCAAGGGUGUUGUUAUUCAGGCCGAGCCUGCUCGUUUCCAGGUCCGCAUUUCGACGCGACCGUCCGAUAUCAGGCAGGGAUUUGACUUUCUUCAUCCCUUCAGAGAAGAGGAGUAUACCGACAUCAAUCGAAGAGAGACUGCAGAAGCUGCUGCUGCUGCCAAGAAGCAGCGUCGGGCGGGCAAGGUGCAACGUAUCGUCAAUCACCCCAACUGGCAUGUGCUCAAUGCUGGUCAAGCCGAGCAGUUCCUCGCCAGCCAGCAUCGUGGGGACUGUGUCGUGCGUCCAUCAUCUCUUGGAUCAGAUCAUAUCGCCGUAACAUGGAAGGUCGAUGAGGAUGUGUACCAGCACAUUGACGUUCUGGAAGUCGACAAGCCGAAUGAGUACUCGUUGGGCCGGAUCCUCCGUGUUGCCCAGCAGUACAACUACAGUGAUCUGGAUGAUUUAAUCAUCAACCAUGUCAAGGCUACGGCGCGAAAGUUUGACGAGAUGCAAAUGCACGAAAAGUAUAAGCCCGAGCAUGAGCUUGACGCUUUCCUGAAGAACUACGUGCAGGCCCAUCCCGGUAGAAGUAUCUACGGAUUCAGUAUAGAUAGUGGCCGACCAGGCUACAUCAAACUGUGUUUCCUCAACAAGCCUACCAAGGACGGUGGUGUCAUUCAGACUUGGCCCGUGCAAGUCCUUCCUGGAGCCUACAGUCUCAGUGGCGCCGUUGUCCCCGGUGUGACCGAACUGUGUAACGCUUUCAAGAUGCAAUAUUCGGUCAAGCUCGCUGAGCAAGGUCAUGGUGGCAAAACCCCUGGUAUCUCCCUCGGCAAGACCCCUCUCCAUCUGGGCGGCCGUACACCAGCGCUCGGCUCUCGUACUCCUGCUCUGGGGUCGAGAACGCCAGGUGUAGGCGGGAUUUCCACUCGCACGCCUGUGCACCCAGGAAUGGCCAUGGGUCGAACACCAACUCAUCCAGGCAUGCCUAUGGGCCGUACGCCGUUGAACUCUGGGGCCCCCGUGAGCCGAACGCCGGUGCAUCCUGGUAUGGCAAUGGGACGAACGCCUGUGCACCCUGGCAUGCCCAUGGGUCGGACGCCGAUUCAUCCUGGGCAGGGUCAACCGGGAGCAUAUGGGCGCCCACCACCACCACAUGGGACGGGGAGGACACCGAUGCAUGGACAGGGGCCGUCGGGAAGAUAUUGA